AUGGAACUUGAUCAUAUAAUAGAAAGAUAUGUACCAGAUCAUUUGAACUAUGAUGAUCCAAUAGUUUCUUUAAAUGUUGACACAUCAAAUCCUCACCCAUGGCUUAGAAAUAACUUUUCAAAUGAAGAAUGGAAAAAAAUUUCGGAUAAGUCAAGUUCAAAAAUAAACGAUGUUGGUAAUGCAAACUUUAUUGGUGAAAAUCAUAUUAAUGACCUAAGAAACCAUUUUUAUUUUAUUCACAAAAAUUCGACUUACACUAAAAAGGAUAAGUUUAUAAGCGAAGGCACAUGGCGAAGCCAUUUCACCACAAUUCCAUUCAAUAUUGUUACUCGUGAUCAAUUACUUGCAGGAAAUGCUAAUCAAAAAAAGUAUUACGUUUACCAUAAUCCUAGAAGAAAAUUAGAAAGUAUUAGUGAUAAUGACAGUGAAGAAAAGUAUCAUGAUCCAAAAUUAGUAAAAUUCGAAAUUUAUUUCAGUGAAAUUUGUCUUUCACCUUGGAUAAAACUGCUGCCAGAAAUAAACUCAGAUAAAAAUAAAAUGAUGAGGAUGACGAAAGACAGUUAUGACCUCAUAACUAAAUAUUCUUAUAAAAAAUAUGGAAAAAAUUCUAACAACAAUAAAAACCUUGACUUGAAGAAUUUAGAAGUAUUCGGCGCUAUAAUAUAUGGAUUUAAUAUGGAAGUAUACUCUUUAGAUAAAGUAGGUUAUAGAAUAUAUAGAGUACGUUUAGUGAGAACUUUAAAAAUUCCUGUGAGGGAAGUAUGCGAUCCAUUAUAUGUCAAGUAUGAUUGA